CCACACACUUCUUCCCACCUUCCGGAAUACCUAAUUGUUCUUUGAAGCAAUGGAUUUCGACAGCCUUUCAAGGAGAGAAUUGCAGGCCUUCUGCAAGAGGAAUCAAAUCCCAGCCAACAUGACGAAUGCCGCCAUGGCCAACGCUCUCAAAGCACUCCACAUCGUUGAAGGUGUUGAGGAAUUUAUGCAGUCAUCUCAAUCGGAGAGCGCCCAAUCAGCCGUUGAGCUACUGGACAGCUCGGAGGUGACAUCUCCGUACGUGCCUCCAACGGCUGCCAGGAGUACACGUCGGAGAAAUGCCUUGAAAGAUGACGCCGAAGAUGUGACCUCAAUAAUGAUUACCACUCGGCGUACUACUCGGAGAACGGCUGCCAAAGCAUCAAAUCUCGCUGCAAUAGAAACUCCAGUAGUGAUGGCGCAAGCUAGUAGAAGGAAGGCCCAGAUAGCCUCAGCUUGUCUGAAAAUGGAUUCGCAGUUGAAGGAAUGUGUAGAGAAGAAGGAUUUGAUGGCACCUGCUGCAGUGGGGGAUGCUAGCAGAAGAAGAAGGGCGGAGGAGACCGAGAAGAAAGUGUAUAGCACGCGACGAUCAGUCAGGUUGGCAGUGAACAAUAAUGUGCAGAUGUUGAGCUGUGAGAAGAGUGGAGAAUCUGAGGUUUUGAAUAAUGGGUUAUUUGCUAAAGAUUGUGAUGAUCAGGAGGUGGAUCAGAAACUUUCAGGAAUUACUGGAGUUGAUGCAAUUGAAAAUAUGGAAGAGGAUAAAGAAGAAGCUGAUGUUGUUUCAGCUGAAAAGGAAGAUAUAACCAUGAGUGAACUAGAAUUGGAGAGCACUCGUGAAGAAGAAACGACCAUUGAUUUUGCAGUGGAAGUUAAACCGAAGGAGGAGAUAUGUGAUGACACAGAAUAUCCUGGUCAUGAAGAGGUGGUGUUGCCAGUAGAUGUGAGCAAUGAAGUUGGACAGAGUGAAGGGUCUGUCAAUGUCCCCAUAUGCGAAAUUGAAGUCACAGUUGAGAUAGACGCAGGAUCUCAAGAUGAGGCCAGUGACUUUGAAAGUAAAGUUGAUGCAGUAGUGUCUGAUGUUGAGGUUGAGGUAGUGUGUGAUGAUGACAAGGAAGUAGCAAGUGCUGAAGAUGAUCAAGACUUGAAUGUUACUACCCUUGGCAAGCUCACAGAGAUGAGACUGCAACAAGAAGCUGAUGCUGUUGAUUUGGGUAUUCUUCCUGAAACGGAAACUAUUCCUGUUGAAGAAAGUGAAAAAACAGUAGUUGGUAGGGUGCAGAAUUCCCCAGGCAAGCAACCAUCUGCUGUUCCUGUCCAUAAGACAUUGCUGAUUGAUUUCAAAGAGAAUAUGGGCAGUGACACUGAAAUGGUGAUCAUGCAAGAUACAGCAACAACCAAGGCAGCUAAAGACGGUGGUGAGAGUCUGCGUAGUUAUGAGGAAGAAAGCUUGAGAAAGCUCACCAAGAUGUUGAAGGAAAAAUUACAGAUCUCCAGUAAAUCGAGAAACCAAGGCAACGAGGCACUCCCGAAGAGAUCAGCUCUGCAAGUGCUUCCCGUGAACCGUAUUAUUGAUGGAAAUGCAAACCACCGUUAGGGCAGCCACUCCUUUAUGCAACUCAGCUCAAUUUGAAUUUCCAUCUCGGGGAUGAAGUUUACAGGUUUUGAAAAGUUAGCACUACUACUACAGUGGAAUGUUUAGUGUGCACUGUGCGUGCACCACUGACGAUGAGAAUUUUGAUGAGCAUCAAUUUGUAGUUUUGUACUGUUGCUGUUGUAGUUUGUGAGAGACAAGGUUUUCCUUAUCGUAAUAAACUUCAAAUUUGAAUCUCUAUUA